GACCACUUCAAGAUAAGGACCUCCAGAACCACCAUCAGCCUGAGGAUCCUGCCAGCAUUUUGCCAGAUGACAUGGAGACAGGCAAUGACUCGAGCGGCAAUGAACUGGAUGGAAAGGAACCUGUGUUAAAAAGUGGCUCCACUUUCCAGUCCCCUCCCUGCAGUUCCAGUGCAUUCUCUCUAAUGAUGGCUGACUCUGAGAAUAAUCCAUCCACUAGUGGCUACAGCAGUGAGCAGCCAGCUAAAGCCAAGACCCAAAAGGAAUUAUUAAAAAUACUGAAAGAGCUUCGCUCUCACCUCCCUCCUGAAAAGAGGUUUCGGGGAAAGUCCGGCACUGCUGCCUCUCUCCGCUAUGCUCUGCACUGCAUCCAGCAGGUGAAAGCCAAUGAAGACUAUUACAAGCUUCAGAUGAUUAAUGAUCUUAAACCAUGUGGUCAGGAUCUCUCAUGCUACACAGUGGAGGAGAUUGCAAAUAUUACCUCCGAGUAUACAAAGAACAAUUUGGAUGUAUUUGCAGUAGCGGUGUCCGUAGUAAGUGGAAGGAUCCUCUAUAUUUCGGAGCAGGCCUCACUUGUGCUGUGCUGUAAUAAAGAUCUGUUCUCCCAUGUUCGCUUUGUGGAGCUCCUGGCCCCACAGGAUGUCAGCGUGUUCUACAGCUCCACUAAUCCGUACAGGCUGCCAUCAUGGAGUAUCUGCAAUGGUGUGGAUUCAGCAUAUCUUGAUGGGUUGGAAGAAAAAUCAUUUUACUGCCGGAUCAGUUGUGGACAGCAGUCUCGGCGGGAAGUAUCUUACCAUCCCUUCCGCCUUACCCCAUACAUGAUCCGUAUACAGACAGAGGCCGAUGAGGGCACUGCAGAGCAGCUGUGCUGCGUACUGUUUGCAGAACGAGUGCACUCAGGAUAUGAAGCUCCUCGGAUCCCUGCAGAUAAACGCAUUUUCACGACCACACACACCCCAAGCUGCCUGUUCCAGGAUGUAGAUGAAAGGGCUGUUCCAUUGUUGGGUUACCUGCCCCAGGAUCUGAUUGGAAGUCCCAUCAUUCUACAUCUGCAUCCCAGUGACCGUCCACUCAUGUUGGCUGUACACAAGAAGAUUCUGCAGUGUGGAGGACAGCCCUUUGACUUCUCCCCAAUACGAUUCUGUACCCGCAAUGGGGAAUAUAUCACAGUCGAUACCAGCUGGUCCAGUUUUAUCAACCCCUGGAGUAGAAAAGUAUCUUUCAUCAUUGGCAGGCACAAAGUCAGGAUGGGUCCUGUUAUUGAAGACAUUUUUACUGCACCACCACACUUAGAAGACCAGUCACCGCAACAUGGAAUUCAAGAGCUCACAGAGCAAAUACAUCAGCUUCUUAUGCAGCCUGUCCAUAACAGUGGCUCCAGUGGAUACGGAAGUUUGGGCAGCCAUGGUUCGCAUGAAAACCCAAUGAGUGGAUCCUCGUCCAGUGACAGCAAUGGGAACCUUAAUGAGGAUGUAAAGGAGAAACAGGGCAAUUCCCCUGUGCACGGACUAAAGGGACAGCAGGGAUCUACCAGCCUAGAAAUAAAAGAUCACCCGAAUCUGAAGAUCACCCCUGAAACAAGUGUCACGGAUAAAGCGAACAGUUGCAAUAAAGAUGUCUAUAGCGAGGGCUCGGGAAUGGCUGCCUGCCCUCUACAGGGUGACCCAAUACCAGCAAAACAGCCUCCCUACUCUUACCAGCAGAUCAGUUGCCUGGACAGUGUCAUUAGAUACCUGGAAAGCUGCAGCGUUCUAUCCUCUGACGGAAAUAAAUUUGUGUCAUCCGGCAGCAUGCAAGACCAGGGAGAUUCUGCUGCAGGUCCUGUGGUUAACCCCAAAACUGUGACAAGCUCUGCUCGCUGCCUGCAGCCAUCUCUCCCUGGACCUGCCAUCACCAACAACUGCCAGACUGUUCCAGGUUCUUUACCACAUCCGUCCCUCACUUCCCUGCCUGUUUCUGGUGCUGCCAUUACACAGCUUUCUAUGGGUGCCAAGGCGGAGAGUGUGGCAUCCCUGACCAGUCACUGCAGCUACAGCAGCACAAUCGUACAUGUGGGGGACAAGAAGCUGCAACCAGAGACAGAAUUAGAGGAUGGGCCAUCACAUUUGGAGGUUCUGCCACCUGCACCAGCUAACACAGAGAAAGAGCCAUACAAACCGCUGGGACUAACAAAGGAGGUGCUGGUGGCUCACACACAGAGAGAAGAGAACGACUUUCUCAGUGGCUUCAUGGAUAGCAAGAAGCUGAGUGCCUUCCAGACUAGAUGUGAUAGCUACAUGCAUGACCGUCCAGGAGCCUUGCGAUCCCAUGUUCCUCCAGGGAAUGAUACAGCCGUCCGCAGGAGUGGGAAGGCACGGAAGGCUAAAGUAAAACGUGUACGACCGGAAUCAUGGGACAGCAGCAGCUCCGGUGUCCCUGAAGCCCAUCGCCCUCCUCUUCAUGGGCUCAAUACCACAGCUUGGUCACAGUCUGAUACCUCACAUGCCAGCUAUCAUCCCCUGCCGUAUCCUAUGUUGCCUGCUUAUCCCAUGCCUGUUUUCCCUCCUCCCCAAAUCUCAGUGCCAAAUGAAAGCAUUCCUGGUGCCCCUUCCACCACUAUCCCUAUACAGCCUUUUCCUACUCCAUUGCUUUCCCCCAUGGUCGCUCUUGUCCUGCCUAACUAUAUGUACCCGCCUGGCAUGGCACCCACUGUUUAUCCUGGAGUAGCACCCCAGCAUCCAUUCCCUGCACAGCUGUCAUUGUUUACUCCACAACCAACAAUGACUGCUUCAAAUACAUUCCCCGUUCUACAGCCUACCUUCCCUGUUCCACCACCAGUAUAUCCACCAGCACCACAUAUUUUCCCUGUUCCUCAACCACCCUCUGCUCCUCAGUCUGUGCAUGGCCCUUGUUCUGUGCAGCCAUUCUCAUACCCAGUUCCUCCAAACGAACCCAAGAUGAGGGAAGGUUUCUCCCGCUCCUCCACUCCACGAGAUCCUCAGUCUCCUCCUCUGUUCCAGUCUCGGUGCAGCUCACCCCUACAGCUAAAUCUGUUGCAGCUAGAAGAGUCCCAGAAGACUGACCGGUCAGAGCGAGGCACAGGUGGUGCUGUGAACAGUAUAUUCAUGCCUCAGACCCGUGAAGAUCCUGAACUGCAAUCAAGAUCUCCUGCUGAUGUUCACAACAGUGAUGCUUUGUCCACCAGCAGUGACUUCAUGGAUAUAUUGCUGCAGGAAGACGCUUCCUCUGCAACGUUUUCUGCUUCUUCUGCCAUGUCUCUAACUUCUGGAUCUCAUGGAAAUGGCACAUCUGGUAGUCACACGGGGAGCAGUCAGACAAGCCACAGCAGUAAGUACUUUGGCAGUGUGGAUUCCUCAGAGAACAAUCAGAAAGGGAGGAGGUCAACACCAUCAACUGGGGAGUCUGUUAUGAAGUAUGUCCUGCAAGACCCCAUGUGGCUGCUAAUGGCAAAUGCAGAUGAGAAAGUCGUGAUGAGUUACCAAAUCCCACUGCGUGACAUGGAUUCCGUCCUGCGAGAGGAUAGAGAUAAGCUGAAAUCAAUGCAGAAACAUCAGCCACGCUUUACAGAGGAUCAGAGAAAGGAAUUGGGAGAAAUACAUCCGUGGAUACAAAGGGGAGGACUUCCAUGGGCGCUAGAGGGUUGUGCUUUCUGCAAGGAGAAGGGUGCAGAUUGUUCAGCGUACACAGAGACCUUAGAAGAGCUGGAGCUCAGUGGGAUCAUGGAAUCGUGUGAUUAAUGCUGGUUAUCAUGACGCAGUGACCUCAAAUACAGCUGGUGUAUUAAUUCCACUGCCUGUCACAGCUGCCAUUCAUUGGCCAUUGCAUUUCCCACCAGCUCUCAAGCUGAGAA